ACGGUUGGUGUUUGCGAGUCCUUCGCGGCGCCUUUUGCCGCGACCUGCGCCUCAGGACUCCCGCGGCGGUUCGACCGGCGCGCGUCCGCGUCACGUGGGUCGAAGCUCCCCAGUCGACUCCCGCCGGUGGCUGAGGCGGGAGGAAGGGGCACUGGUACACUGCUCGCCUGGUCCGUGCGCCCCAAGACCGGCGCGCGAUUAAAAAUGGCGAAAUGGGGGUAGCCGGCCUCGAACUUGAAGCGAUGGGGCGCGCAGGUGGGGCCGUUGUUGGAGCCCCCUGAGGUGGGCUCCGGGCUGUUCCCGGGCGAGUGGACCUGGCGACCUCGGGCCGUCACUUAAUAGGGCCGACCACGGACUCCGCGGGUCGUUACGGGCCCCGCCGAGAGCCGGAGGCAAUGGACGAACAGAGUGUGGAGAGCAUUGCUGAGGUUUUCCGAUGUUUUAUUUGCAUGGAGAAAUUGCGGGAUGCUCGCUUGUGUCCUCAUUGUUCCAAGCUUUGUUGCUUCAGCUGUAUUAGGCGCUGGCUGACAGAACAGAGAGCUCAAUGUCCUCAUUGCCGUGCUCCACUUCAGCUCCGAGAACUAGUAAACUGUCGUUGGGCAGAAGAAGUAACACAACAGCUUGAUACUCUACAACUCUGCAGCCUCACCAAACAUGAAGAAAAUGAAAAGGACAAAUGUGAAAAUCACCAUGAAAAACUUAGUGUAUUUUGCUGGACUUGUAAGAAGUGUAUCUGCCAUCAGUGUGCACUUUGGGGAGGAAUGCACGGUGGACAUACCUUUAAACCUUUGGCCGAGAUUUAUGAACAACAUGUCACUAAAGUGAAUGAGGAAGUAGCCAAACUUCGUCGACGUCUUAUGGAACUCAUCAGCUUGGUUCAAGAAGUGGAAAGAAAUGUAGAAGCUGUAAGAAAUGCAAAAGAUGAACGUGUUCGGGAAAUUAGAAAUGCAGUAGAGAUGAUGAUUGCACGACUAGAUACACAGCUGAAAAACAAGCUUAUUACACUGAUGGGUCAAAAGACAUCUCUAACCCAAGAAACAGAGCUAUUGGAAUCCUUACUUCAGGAGGUGGAACACCAGUUGCGGUCUUGUAGUAAAAGUGAACUGAUAUCUAAGAGCUCAGAGAUCCUAAUGAUGUUUCAGCAAGUUCAUCGAAAACCCAUGGCAUCUUUUGUUACCACUCCUGUUCCUCCGGACUUUACCAGUGAAUUAGUACCAUCUUAUGAUUCAGCAACUUUUGUUUUAGAGAAUUUCAGCACUUUGCGCCAGAGAGCAGAUCCUGUGUACAGCCCACCUCUACAAGUUUCAGGCCUUUGCUGGAGAUUAAAAGUUUACCCAGAUGGAAAUGGAGUUGUUCGUGGUUACUACUUAUCUGUGUUCCUGGAACUUUCGGCUGGCUUGCCUGAAACUUCCAAAUAUGAAUAUCGUGUAGAGAUGGUUCAUCAAUCCUGCAAUGAUCCUACCAAAAAUAUCAUUAGAGAAUUUGCAUCGGACUUUGAAGUUGGAGAGUGUUGGGGCUAUAAUAGAUUUUUCCGUUUGGAUUUAUUGGCAAAUGAAGGAUACUUGAAUCGACAAAAUGAUACAGUGAUUUUGAGGUUUCAGGUACGUUCACCAACUUUUUUUCAAAAAUGCCGGGACCAGCAUUGGUAUAUUACUCAGUUGGAAGCUGCACAGGCUAGUUACAUCCAACAAAUAAACAACCUUAAGGAGAGACUUACCAUUGAGCUGUCUAGAUCUCAGAAAUCAAGAGAUCUGUCACCACCAGAUAAUCAUCUUAGUCCCCAAAAUGAUGAUACUCCGGAGAUAAGAGCUAAGAAGUCUGGAUCAUGUUCUGACAUGCUUCUUGAAGAUGGUCCUACUACAGCUUCUGUAAGGGAAGCCAAAGAGGAUGAAGAUGAGGAGAAGAUUCAGAAUGAAGAUUAUCAUCAUGAGCUUUCAGAUGGAGAUCUGGAUCUGGAUCUUGUUGGUGAAGAUGAAGUAAAUCAUCUUGAUGGAAGCAGUUCCUCUGCUAGUUCUACAGCAACAAGUAACACAGAGGAAAAUGACAUUGAUGAAGAAACAAUGUCUGGAGAAAAUGAUGUAGAAUACAGCAACAUGGAAUUGGAAGAGGGAGAACUCAUGGAGGAUGCGGCUGCUCCAGAACCUCCAGGUAGUACCCAUGGCUAUGUGGGUGCCAGUAGCAGAAUGUCAAGAAGAGCACAUUUAUGCUCUGCUGCUACCGGUAGUUUAUUAGACAUUGAUCCUUUAAUCUUAAUACAUUUAUUGGACCUUAAGGACCGGAGCAGUAUGGAAAACUUGUGGGGCUUACAGCCUCGCCCACCUGCUUCACUUUUGCAGCCCACAGCAUCAUUUUCUCGGAAAGACAAAGACCAAAGGAAGCAGCAGGCAAUGUGGCGAGUACCCUCUGAUUUAAAGAUGCUAAAAAGACUCAAAACUCAAAUGGCUGAAGUUAGAUGUAUGAAAACAGAUGUAAAGAAUACACUUUCAGAAAUAAAAAGCAGCAGCAUUGCUUCUGGAGAUAUGCAGAUGAAUCUUUUUUCUGCUGACCAGACAGCUCUUGCUGCAUGUGGAGCUGAAAGCUCUGGCAGACUACAGGAUUUGGGAAUGGAGCUGUUGGCAAAGUCAUCAGUUGCCAGUUGUUACAUGCGAAACCCCACACAUAAGAAGAAUAAUUCACCCAAGCCAGCUCGGUGCAGCAUAGCAGGUAAUCUAUCACUUCGAAGAGCAGUGGACUCUGGAGAAAAUAGUUGUUCAAAAGGAGACCGUCAGACCUUGUCUGAAGGCUCCACAGGCAGUUCUCAGUCUGGGAGCAGGCACAAUUCUCCCCGAGCCUUGACACAUGGCAUUAUUGGGGACAUUCUGCCCAAAACUGAAGACCGUCAGUGUAAAGCUUUGGAUUCAGAUGCUGUUGUGGUUGCAGUUUUCAAUGGCUUGCCAACUGUUGAGAAAAGAAGGAAAAUGGUCACCUUGGGGGCUAAUACUAAAGGUGGUCGUCUAGAAGGAAUGCAGAGAACUGACUUGGAAAAUAAUUCUGAAACUGGCGAGUUACAACCUAUACCUGAAGGAGCUUCAGCAGCCCCUGAGGAAGACACGCAUUCCAGUUUUCCUGAGGGUGAACAAAUAGACCCUGAAACUCUCCACUUCAGCACUGAUGAAAACAGUGGAAGGUAAUUGCAGAUCAAGAGAACCGAGUUACAAGCUUCUUUGAUUGUGAACUUUGUGUAGUUGGUGCUCAGUGUCAUCAUCAGACAGAUAUCAAAUAUAAUAUCAGUUUUACAUCUCUACCUAAAAUAGUCAGAAACUUAGAAACAAGCACAGUUAUAUAUGACAGCAGAAAAUUGGGGAAAAUUAAUCGGAUGAGAAGAAUUUUAUUAUUAUCAAAUAGCACUAUUAUCCUUAAUUAAUUUAGUACAGUAAUAAAAGGCAGUCUUUGUCCUGUAACAGGUCAAAUAAGUGCCAGCAAAUGUAGAAACAUGCAUGCUCCCUGUCACUUGUCAUUGGUGCUCUUCGCUCUUUGGCUAGAUACUAAGGUAUAAGUGAUCAAUUUUCUGUUUUGGUUUUUAAUCAGUGUAUAGCUAGUGAACAGAAAGAUUACUUAAGAGUAGAUUCUGUCCUUUAGACACUUGAUAUGAAUAAUUGAGGCACUAUAGACUUAAUCUCCAAUUACAUUUGGAUUAAUUUAAUGGGAGUUGUUUUAUUCCUGGUCAUGUGGACAUAUUUCAGAACAUUUUAAAGGGUUUUCAUUUUUUCUUUAUCUUACCAUCCAACUAUAAUGCAACAAAUACUUUUAACAUUCUUAAUUUCAGUGUCAGUACAUUUAAAGAUUCAUGCAUAUUACACAAAUAUGCAAGUAUAACUAUGUAUAAGGGUUUUACGAAUAUGCAAGUGUACUAUAUACAAGAGUUUCUUUCAUACUCAUAAUGAAUCCCAAACUUAAAAUAGUUGCCAAACUUUGCUGUUGUGCUCCUGCAUUUGUGUUUGAGCUGCUAUGUAUUUGUGAAAAUUAUACUAAACAUUGGCCAAGAGACUAUUGAAAAAGCAUGAAUAAACUGUACAUGGGAGAGA